AUUGAGAGAAUGAUAUCCAGAAAAUUUUAUUUCCUUUUCUUAAUUAUAUUAACAGUGAAGAGUGAAAAUAAUACAUUUGGAAAUGUUAUGAAAAAGAUCGUAUCUGAAUACAGUAAUUCGACUUCAACCGAAAACAACUAUGCUCCGUGGUUUUUUGAACAAAUUAUAAAUAUCCUAAACUGUGGUCCUUUAUCGACAUUAAAGAACAGUCGGAUACAUUAUAUUGUGAAAUGGGAAGAGGCAAAAAUACAUCUGAAACAAAAGUGCAACCGCUAUUUUGAAGCAAGCGUAGAGAAUACAGCCGAUAUUAUUUGUUCGAAUGGUAAAUGGAUGUAUGAAGAUAAAAAAUGUAAGUUAAUAACUUGCCCGAUUUUUCAUAAACCUGCACGCAGUUUCAUGAUAAAUGUUGCAUACUCAUAUAACUCUGUUAUUCGUUUUUCCUGCCUGUCUGGUUGUUUUUUACGAGGAAGCAAUUCAAUACGUUGUCAAGAAAAUAAACAGUGGUCGUCUCUCCCACCAAUCUGUGAAAUUGUUAAAUGUCUCCCACCGAACCCACCCAAACAUGGCAAUGUAAACAAUACAAAUGAAGUUAAAGUUAACGAAACAAUUCAUUUCAGUUGCUUAAAGCCAUAUAGUCUGAAAGGUGAAUCUGUAUUAACUUGUCUUUCAGACGGCAGCUGGAACUUUCCGGCACCUGUUUGUACUUUGAAUUGCUUUGUACCUGAAAUUGCUGGUAGAGUGGUGACUAUUUCUGAAGGUACAAUAUUAAAACCAAGAACCUUAAUCAACGAAGGAGGAAAAGUCAUAUAUUCUUGCAAACGAUCCUUCAUUCCUAUCGCGUUUGGUGUCGUUCAAUGCUUGUCAAGUAAAUGGUAUCCAGAUAUACAGUGCAGAAACGCGUGUAAAAUGAGAAACGAAAUGGGUUAA